AUGUGGGACGAAGUGAAGUACACUUUCACUACUCGCGACGGACUCAUCGGCGACUACGACUAUCAAUAUCUCUUCACGCCCAACAUCUGGCCGCUCAACAAGCGUUACAAAGACCACGUGCCACCGUUCUUCUUCCCAGAUGAUCGCAUUCCGUUGCUCUUGAUCUUCAUCCUCGGCGUGCAGCAUGCCCUUACCAAAAUCUCCGGCAUCAUCACCCCUAUAGUGGCCAUCUCGAGGGGUGCUUUCCAUCUGGACGCUGAAACCACGGCGUAUCUGGUUUCCGCCGGUUUCAUCACGACGGCGGUCGCGAGCUUCGCGCAGAUUACGAGGUCGAGGAUUCGAGGAACGCCGUAUUACUUCGGCACGGGUGUGCUGAGUGUCCUGGGUCCGACGUUCGAUAUCAUUCCGAUUGCUAUUCAAUACUCCGCAACACUGUAUGCCAGCGGCGAGUGUCCGACAGGCGCAAACGGCACGAGACUUCCGUGUCCAGACGGCUAUGGGAAGCUCAUCGGCAGUGCUCUCGCGUCUGUCUGGGCUCAGCUCCUGAUUUCAUUCGUGCCACCUAAGACGUUGAAACGCAUCUUUCCGUCCGUUGUGACUGGGAAUCUACUCCUGGUGCUUGGAAUCUACCUUGUCAGCUCUGCGGCUGCCUCGUGGGGAGGCGGCACCAGCUGUCUCAACGGAGAAGGAAUCUACGCUCUCUGUCCCAAUGUCAAUGCGCCAAAGCCACUGCCAUGGGGAGACAGUCGGCUCAUCGGGAUCGGUUUCUCGGUUUUCGUCACGAUUCUGAUCGUUGAGAUGAUUGGCAGCCCGCUGAUGAAGAGCUGUGGAAUCAUCCUCGGGCUGGCAGUCGGUAGUGCGAUCUCUGGUGCCCUCGGAUACUGGUCAACAACACAGAUCGAUCAAGCACCUGUUGCGACAUUCCUCUGGGUAACCACAUUCAAGCUGAGAGUCGACGGCGCGCUGAUCUUGCCAUUGGUGUUCAUGUUCAUCUGCGAGGCCAUGGUAUGCAUGCCUUGCAUCAUUGCGGCCAGCGAAGUCUCUGGCAUUCCGACGGAAGGACUUCAGGCCAACCAGAGAAUUCAAGGUGGCAUCCUGUGUGAUAGCGUUGGCACCAUCUUCUCUUGCUUGGGUAUGAGCCUGCCGAUGGUAUCGCAUGCAGGUAACAAUGGUGUCAUUCUGGUGACGAGCAAUGCUAGCCGACGAGCAGGCUAUUGUGCCUGCGUGAUCCUCGUCAUAAUGGGAAUCUUCGGCAAAUUUGGCGGUGUCUUCGCGGCCAUGCCAUCUACGGUCCUCGGUGCAAUGCAGGUCUUUCUAUACGCCACCAUAGCCGUCUCCGGGCUCCGCAUCCUCGCCACAAUCGGCUGGAGUCGACGAGACCGAUUCAUCCUCUCUGCCUCGCUUGGCUUGGGCCUGAUGGACAUCUUGGUACCCGAGUGGUUCUCCGAUGUUCUACCUCCUCAGCCAAACAACGAGCAACUGGAUGGAUUCCUUCGAGGCGUCAAUCUUCUCGUCGAGACGCCCUUCAUUCUGACCAUGCUGACGGCGGUGCUGCUGAAUGCCAUUAUGCCGAGAGAUCGGAGUCACAUGAAAGCUGGGUUACCGACGCUUGAUCAAGGGUCAUCGGGCAGUGACGGAAAGGUAGAGAGCAAGCGGAAAAGCUGA